UGAGGUGGCAGAUACUUCAAAUCCUUUGCAGCCUCCUCAUUGGCUGCUUCCCCCUUCAACAUCACGCUCCUCUCUGGCUCUCUCCUCGCCUCCUUCCCCUUCCUCCACCACUUGUUUACCCACCUUUGAUUCUCCAUGUCCCAUCUCAUAUAUAAACAGAGUCUCUACACAGUUCCAUUCCACGGCUGAAGCUCUCUCUCUCUCUCUCUCUCUCUCUCGCUCUCGCUCUCGCUCUCUGUCGAAAGGAACUUCAAUUGGUGGCAAACACAGAGCAAGAGCCUCGUUUUGAACCAUGGCUGCUUCCACAAUUAUGGCUGCCUCCAGAACCGUGCUGAACCCAUCUCCAUUUCUGGGACAGAGGGGCCAAAACGCAAACCCUUUUAGAGAUGUAGUCUCCAUGGGGAAUGCCAAGUACAUCAUGGGAAAUGAUUUGUGGUAUGGACCUGACAGAGUGAAAUACUUGGGACCUUUCUCAGCUCAGACUCCUUCAUAUCUUACUGGGGAAUUCCCAGGUGAUUAUGGCUGGGACACUGCUGGUUUGUCUGCUGAUCCAGAAGCCUUCGCCAGAAACAGGGCUCUUGAGGUAACUAAUCAUCACUAAGCACGAUUUUACGUGGAAGCGUUUUGGUGAUAUGGAAGUCUAAACUUUUAAGUUUUAAAAUACGAUUUUGACAACAAUAGUAAGGAAAAAAGUGUGAUUCUACUUAGAAGCGUUGUGCUGACUUAGAACUGUUAAAGUAUACGCCUUUAAGUUUUAAAGCGCAUUUGACUUCAUUGCAUAAGAUGAAAUAUGAAACUUACUGCUUGGUGAUUGACCCUUUGGAAGGUUAUCCAUGGAAGGUGGGCGAUGCUUGGAGCCUUGGGCUGCAUCACGCCAGAGGUCCUGGAGAAAUGGGUGAGCGUGGACUUCAAGGAGCCAGUAUGGUUCAAAGCUGGAGCUCAAAUCUUCUCAGAAGGCGGGCUGGACUACCUAGGAAACCCGAACCUGGUCCACGCUCAGAGUAUCCUUGCUGUAUUAGGAUUCCAGGUCGUCCUGAUGGGACUCGUGGAAGGAUUUCGCAUCAAUGGCCUGCCUGGAGUUGGAGAAGGCAACGAGCUUUACCCCGGUGGGCAGUACUUCGACCCGCUGGGGCUCGCUGAUGACCCGGUCACCUUCGCGGAGCUCAAGGUGAAGGAGAUCAAGAAUGGCAGGCUUGCCAUGUUCUCCAUGUUUGGUUUCUUUGUUCAGGCUAUUGUCACUGGGAAGGGUCCCUUGGAGAAUUUGUUGGACCAUCUUGAUGAUCCUGUUGCCAACAAUGCCUGGGUCUUUGCCACCAAAUUUGUCCCUGGAUCGUGAAGAUAAUGCCCUAGAAUUUGAUUCCCCUGCCACUUGUAGAUUUUUAUGGAACUUUUACUACCAUUUGUGUGUAACCUUUGCAUAUGGAGGUUUAAUGUAAAUUGAAACAACUUCUCUGCCUAUGCCUUUUCUUCUUCAUGUGCAGUAUUUGAAAACAAAUAUGGAGAUUGAGAGGUGGUUUGGACAGUGAAGUAUUUUUUUGUUGUUGUUGCAAAAUGAUGAAUUCUGGAACAAUCACAAUCCAUGAACCAAACAAGCCCCUGAAGCAUCAAACAAAAGGGAUUUACAGGGUGGAUGAAUUCCAAACCAAAUGACAAGGAAUAUGGAAACUUUUCAUCUUUCAUUCAGUAGCAGAGUUCUGAGCCGCACCAUGUUUUCUUUACAUUACAAUUUAGAAAGCAGGAUAUACAGAGAAUAACCUUGGCUUAUAACACAAGAGAAAAGGGAGAUGAGGUACCUACUACAAUCUAUGUCUAUUCACAGGAUUAUGAUGAAUCCUUGCACCACCACCACCAGGCAGUUUAACCACAAGCUACAAACAUUCUCUGCAUUCAUGGCAAGGUGCUUGCUUUAACCAGAAUGCAAAGAGAAUCAAAGAGCAAGCAGCCAUCUUUGAGGGCAAAUGUUUCUUCUUCCAUUUUUUCU